UUUUUGACACUGAAACUACCAACAUUUUUAUUUUAUUUUUCUUUAUAUUUUGUAGUUUUAUUUUUAGUUAUUUUCUUUUGGGAUAUCUAUAAAUAAAAUGGAUAAAGGCCGUGUUACAUAUUGUACGGAUUUAGAAAAAUCUGUAAUAAUAACAAACUUUGAACGUAGAGGUUGGAUUCAAGUGGGAUCGGAGGAGGAGUGGAAUUUUUACUGGUCAUUCACACAAAACUGUCGCAAUAUUUUCAGUAUUGAAAGUGGGUAUAGAAUGAACGAUAACCAAAUUAUAAAUCACUUUCCCAAUCACUACGAGCUAUCUCGUAAGGACUUACUGGUAAAAAACAUAAAAAGGUACCGUAAGGAACUCGAACGAGAAGGUAAUCCGUUAGCGGAGAAAAAGGAAGUGACGUUAGCGAAUGGGCAAACUGUAACACGCUAUAUACACUUGGAUUUUAUCCCCGUCACUUACGUGCUGCCGGCCGAUUACAAUAUGUUUGUUGAAGAAUAUCGCAAAUCCCCGCAAAGCACUUGGAUCAUGAAACCAUGCGGAAAAUCUCAAGGAGCUGGGAUUUUCCUAAUAAAUAAACUUUCCAAGUUAAAGAAAUGGUCUCGAGAAGCGAAAACACCCUUACACCCUCAACUGGGUAGUAAAGAAAGUUAUGUAAUAUCACGCUAUAUUGACAACCCUUUGUUGAUCGGUGGGAAGAAGUUUGAUCUCAGAUUAUAUGUCUUAAUAACUUCGUUUAGACCUUUAAAAGCAUAUUUAUUCCAACAUGGAUUUUGCAGAUUCUGUACGGUGAAGUAUGACACUAGUGUAACGGAGUUGGACAAUAUGUACGUUCACUUGACAAAUGUAAGUGUCCAAAAACACGGAGGUGACUACAAUAGUUUGCAUGGUGGUAAAAUGAGUAUUCAAAAUUUCCGUCUUUAUUUAGAAGGCACUCGAGGACGUUCAGUCACCGAUAAACUGUUCGCUGAUAUGCAGUGGCUAAUAGUCCAUUCACUGAAAGCGGUUGCACCAGUAAUGGCGAAUGAUCGUCAUUGCUUUGAGUGUUACGGUUAUGACAUUAUCAUAGAUAAUGCACUCAAGCCCUGGCUAGUAGAGGUAAAUGCAUCACCCUCCCUACAAUCAACAACUCAUAGCGAUAGAAUAUUGAAAUACAAAUUGAUAGAUAACAUUGUAUCCGUCGUGGUACCCCCGGGAGGAAUUCCCGACGCCAGGUGGAAUAAAAUUCCAACCCCAGAAGCUUUAGGUGAUUUCGAUGUUUUGAUUGAUGAGGAGCUCAUGGAAAAAGAGGAUUCUGCUCCUCGAAAUAGUAAAAGUAACCGAUCCAAGCCUUAAUAUAAAAAGACUUAAAAUGUGGCCAAAAGAUUAUUACAAGUUUUACAAUAAGGAUGUCUCUUGUCUCCCUGAAGUUAUCAUUGUUUUUAGAUUUUUUCCUUUUUUAAAUUUUAACUUCUAUUUCUUUAUAUUCUCAAAAACCUGAAAAAAAAACAGUUUGUUUUAUUUUAUAAAAUCAUUCAUGUUUCAUAUGACACUAAUUGUAAAAACAUUUUUAUUUUUAUUUUUAAUGAAGCUUUUAUAGAAAUUG